CACCAUUCCUCUACAACUUCCAAAGCCUAAGAGAGCCUAAAGAUUCAAAAACCAAACAAAACCCAAAUGGCCUCGAGCAAUGUCAUACCAGUGAUUGAUCUUCAAGACUUUCCACAACAGUCAUCGAAGCUGGUCUAUGCAUGUCAAGAAUGGGGUUGUUUUAGGAUCGUAAACCACGGUGCGAUUCUCACGGAACUGCUAAUGGGGGAGAUGAAGGCGGUGGUGAGGUCACUGCUCGACCUUCCCAUGGAAAUUAAGCAGCGAAAUGGAGAUGUUAUUGCAGGAAGUGGGUAUAUGGCACCUACCAAGAUCAAUCCUCUUUAUGAGGCGUUGGGUCUUUACGACACGGCCUCUGUUGAAGCUGUUGAUGCCUUUUGUACUCAGUUGGAUGCCUCACCUCAUCAAAGAGAGAUAAUUGUGAAGUAUGCUCAAGCAAUACAUGAGCUGACCAUGGAUAUUGCUCAGAAACUGGCCAAAGGUUUGGGGAUAUCGGGGGUCUUAUUCGAGGAAUGGCCUUGCCAGUUUAGGAUCAACAAAUACAACUUCACUCCUGAAGCUGUAGGUUCCUCCGGUGUACAAAUCCACACCGACUCUGGUUUCCUUACCAUACUUCAGGAUGAUGAAAAUGUCGGUGGCCUCGAAGUCAUGGACAAAUCUGGUGCAUUUGUGCCUGUAGAUCCAUGGCCAGGCACUCUCAUUGUUAAUCUUGGAGAUAUUGCUAAUGCAUGGAGUAAUGGAAGGUUAUGUAAUGUGAAGCAUAGAGUAGAAUGCAAGGAAGCAACAAUACGUGUGUCGAUUGCUUCGUUUAUGUUGGGGCCAAAGGGUGUAGCUGUGGAACCUCCACCGGAAUUAGUGGACUCUGCACACCCUCGGAUGUAUGUUCCGUUCACUUUUGAAGAAUACAGGAAGCUACGACUCUCAACGAAGUUGCAAGCUGGCGAAGCUCUUGCUCUCGUACGAUGCUAACUCCUGAAAAAAUAAGUAGCAUAGUUCAUUCUGUUCUUGUCCUUCUUUGUGGUGGAAAACAAACAAGAACACUGCUUUUCCAAUCAAAUUGAGAAUUACAAAUAAUACAACCUUUGAAGCUGGUGUUGUUAUUUAGAUCAAUCAGUGUCAAGGCCUUGUCCUAUAGAUAUUUUCAGGGUAUCUUGAAGAAGCCUCAGCUUCAUCGGCUGGAAUCAUAAAUGGGUUGUCUCCUCUCUGAUGAUGCUUUCUACAUGUUACUGCAAGUGGUCAAAACUUUGACCCUUCUUCCUUCAAAUUAUGUUGUCGUAUGCAAGUUCAACUUAUGAAUAAAACUGUGUUUGUUCACAAUUUGUUGCCAUGAUAAACACAUUACAAGGGCUAUGUUAUAAAGACUGAGACCUUCCAAAAAUUGAUGAGAGAA